AUGGCGCACAUCUGCAGGCAGCUGCUUGGCAUCGGCGGGAGCUGCGCCGGCUGGGUCGGGCUCAUCUUCGCCACGGCCACCAAUGACUGGGUCCGGACGUGCGACUACUCGGUGGCCACCUGCCUGCGCAUGGACGAGCUGGGCUCCCGCGGCCUGUGGGCGGAGUGCACGGUGUCUCCGUCCCUUUACCACUGCUCCACGCUGGACCAGCUGUUCUCCCUGCCGGCGUACGUGCAGGUGUCCCGGGCCUUGAUGAUCGCUGCGUGUCUUCUGGGCGUCCCUGCCAUCCUGCUGGUCCUCAUGUCCAUGCCCUGCAUCCGGCUUCCCACCAGUUACCCCACCGCCGUCAAGAAGCGCAACACCCGGGUGGGCGGCGCCCUCUUCAUCAUCAUGGCGGUUCUGGGUGCGGUGGCCACCAUCUGGUUCCCCAUCGGCGCCAACACAGAGAAGCACCUGAUGUCCUUCGGCUACUCUCUGUACGCCGGCUGGGUGGGAGCCGGCCUCUGUCUGCUGGGCGGCAUCAUCAUCCUGUGGUUCCUGGUGGCCCUCAUCAGCAACCCCACCAGGGAGAACAGCUUCUUCUACUCCAGGCGGGGCGGCAGCGCCCGGGAGGUGGAGCGGCCCGCCAACCACGCCAAGAGUGAGCGUGUGUGA